AUGCCUGAGUUCAUUCCUCAAACGCCUGCCUCUGCCAGCGGGAUUCGGUUCUCCAACUGGCCCGGUGCUGGAGAGGAGAUUUCCGAGUUCCUCAAAAUGACACACGCUUGCGUCAUUCCACCUGGCGCCUCGAUUAUCCAUGUCGGCGGCCAAGCUGGAAUCAGAAGUGAUGGCACUGUUCCUGUUGAUUUGACUGAGGAGAUGCGCGAAGCGUUUUCUCACAUCGAGCUCUCCCUACGCGAAGCUGGCCUCACGGGUUCAAGCGAGGAGGUCUGGGCUUGUGUAUACAAGGUUAGGACGUAUCACGCCAAUACCGAUGCCGGGUUUGGCCUCACGCUGCACGGUGUUUUGAUGGAGUACUUUGGGAAAAACCGACCGCUCUUUACCGGCGUCGAUGUUUUCAAGCUUCUGCGGCUUGAGCUGCAUCUGGAAAUCGAAGUGGAGGCAUUCCUUCCCAGUUCGCAAGCGUAG